AUGGUAAUAAGCAGUGUUCCCUCUAAGGCAGAAGAGAAGAUAACCCCAGAACCCAGGCUGAAGAAGUUGGAACCAGUGCUUUUGCCAGGUGAAAUUGUGGUCAACGAAGUGAAUUUUGUGAGGAAAUGCAUCGCCACCGAUACAAGUCAGUACGAUCUGUGGGGGAAGCUGGUCUGCAGUAACUUCAAGAUCUCCUUCAUUACGGAUGAUCCCAUGCCCCUUCAGAAAUUCCAUUACAGGAAUCUUCUUCUGGGAGAACAUGACGUUGCACUGACAUGCAUCGAACAGAUAGUCACAGUCAACGACACAAAGAGGAAACAGAAAGUUCUGGGCCCCAACCAGAAACUUAAAUUUAACCCGACAGAGUUGAUCAUUUACUGCAAAGACUUUCGGAUCGUCCGGUUUCGUUUCGAUGAAGCAGGGCCAGAAAGUGCAAAAAAGGUGUGUCUCGCCAUAGCUCAUUAUUCUCAGCCAGCGGAUCUCCAGCUCCUCUUUGCCUUCGAAUACGUGGGAAAGAAAUAUCACAAUCCAGCAAAAAAGGUGAACGGAAUAGACCCUGGAGGGGGAGGCGGAGGGGGUGGUGGCGGCAUCACCAGCAGCCCGCAGACCCCUUUGUUUGAAACAUACUCGGACUGGGACAGAGAAAUCAAGAGGACGGGAGCCUCCGAGUGGCGUGUGUGUUCGGUCAACGAAGGCUACAUGAUAUCUACCUGUCUUCCAGAGUACUUUGUAGUGCCGUCAUCCUUGGCAGAUCAAGAUCUAAAGCACUACUCCCAUGCUUUUACUGGAAGGCGGAUGCCGAUGUGGUGCUGGAAUCAUUCCAAUGGAAGCGCUCUCGUGAGGAUGGCCAACAUUAAGGAUCCGUUGCAGCAGCGAAAGAUCGACCAACGAAUUUGCAACGCCAUCACCAGAAGCCAUCCGCAGAGAAGCGAUGUUUACAAAUCUGAUCUGGACAAGAGUCUGCCCGCCAUCCAGGACGUCCAGGCCGCUUUUCUCAAGCUCAAGCAGUUGUGUGUGAACGAGCCUUUUGAAGAAACGGAGGAGAAAUGGUUAUCCUUGGUGGAAAAUUCGCGUUGGCUGGAGCACGUGAGACUGUUCCUCAAGCAUGCUGCAGAGCUCGUCUACAUGCUGGACAGCAAGCACGUUUCGGUCGUUCUGCAAGAGGAGGAAGGCCGAGACCUCAGCUGCUGCGUGGCCUCCCUCGUUCAGGUGAUGUUGGAUCCCUUCUUUCGGACCAUCGCUGGGUUUCAGAGCCUGAUUCAGAAGGAGUGGGUCAUGGCAGGGUACCCUUUCCUAGACAGGUGCAACCACCUGAAGAAAUCAGACAAAGAGUCUCCCUUGUUCCUGAUGUUCCUGGACUGCGUUUGGCAACUUCUGGAACAGUACCCGUCGGCGUUUGAAUUCUCCGAAGCUUACUUGACGAUAUUGUACGACAGUACCCGUAUCUCGCUGUUCGGCACGUUCCUCUUCAACUCUCCGCACCAGAGAGUAAAGCAAAGCACGGAGUUCGCCAUCAGCAAAAACAUCCAGCUGGGAGACGAGAAAGGCCUGAAGUUCCCCUCAGUGUGGGACUGGUCCCUGCAGCACGCCCCGAGAGACCGCAUGCUCUUCCACAACCCCUUGUACAUCGGCAAGAGCACGCCGUGCGUACACAACGGGGCCGUGAAAUCCUUUAAACGGUCAAAGAAGAAUUACAGCUCGACUCUGCGAGGCUUCCCCCCAUCGUUAAAGAACGGGAUCAUCAGCGAGCAAGACUUUCUUCCGAGAAGAAAUUCCCUAAUCCUAAAACUGAAACCAGACUUCCUUCAGCAUACGGACAGCAACGCCAGCGGCACGGAGCAAUAUUUCAGAGAGUGGUUCUCCAAGCCGGUCGACCUGCACGGCGUGAUUCUGCCCCGUCUCUCCGGGACGCAAAUCAAACUCUGGAAACUCUGUUACUUCCGCUGGGUCCCGGAGGCCCAGAUCGCCAGUGGCGGCUUCAUCACCGCCUUCCGCAAAAUCUCCCUCUUGGCGGACGAGGUGGACGCGCUGAACCGGAGCUUGCGGCAGCACAACAGCGGCCCGCGGUUUCUCGCAAACAAUCCCGAGCGGGAUCAGAGCCGGAUGUAUUUCAGGGCAGACGAGGCAAAUGACGUUUUGGCAAGCCCGGAAUGCCUCUCUUCCUCUUUCCCCUUUUCUCCCGUGGGGAACCUCUGCCGGAGGAGCAUCCUGGGAACGCCGCUGAGCAAAUUCUUAAGCGGCGCCAAAAUCUGGUUGUCCACAGAGACGCUGGCCAAUGAGGACUAGCCUAGCCACCUUUAUAGCACGGAGGAGGAGACAGAGACUGGAGCUUCUUUGCCAUGCCACACCGCCCUGCUUGGAGCUGUAAUAAUUUUAUACACAAAGGUUACUGAUGAUUUCUUUUUUGCACAGAAUAUUUAAAAAGCAAGGGCGUCGUGCUUCAAACAUCACACAGUGUUGUCCUCUGCAGCUGUCAAAGCGUCUUGUCCCGCUUCCCUCCCUCCUUUCUGCUUUCCACAUCUAGCUUGUUGCGUGAGGCCCGCGAGCUUCAAACACCCCCCCCCAACUCCCCAGCCUCCCUCCCCUCCAACGAUUUGGCACGGCGACUAACUUGUAUGUUUGGGGUUGUGUUGGCAGGCGGCCCUUCCUAGUUGCUGACCGAAGCGAAUCCCUGUGUCAGCUUGGAUUAAAGCGGCAGGCGAAGACGGACAGCAAGGGAAAUGAGAGUUGCCGUGUUCAGAUCUGCCUGCCAUUAACUUGUGCGAAUGCCAGAGCGAUACGUUCUUUGCCGGGUUACGAAUUCACAGCGCUGUCCAGCCAAAGCAGCAUUUUAAUAUCCCUGUUGGUUUCGGCAGGACUUUAAAUUAGUGGCUCAGCCAUCGAAAAGCGUGAGAUUUAAACAUUUCUGCCGGAUGGCAUUCGUGGGCUAGGCCGAUCUGGUCCAUCUGGCAAGUCCGUAUUUUCUCCUCGUUGGCAUAUACAUGCUCGCCUUUAGAGCGCCAGAAUCUGCCCACAAAACAGGGCGCUCUGUCUGUGGGCCUGGUGCAGACAUAGCUACCCUAGUCUCUAAACUGCGCUCUGUCUCUCCCCUUGUGGGAGCAAACGUUCCCCUCCUGCCUUAGCGGCAGUUAAUGCAAGUGUUAGCACUGAUAUUAACUAUGGUUCAGGCUAACCAUGGCAUCCUCUGGGCCCCGGAUCUGAAACCGUGGUACAAGUGGUCAUCAGGAGCUAAGCGGAGGGGCUCCUGGGGAAAUGUAGUUCCUGCAGUUCCUGCAGCUCCUGCAGCUGGGAGACGGGGGGGGUGGGGGUGUUGUUAGCUGCACCAGCCCAACGCAACAAAAUCCAUCAUUUAGCAGCGGACGAAUUGUAACCUUCCAAAGUGCCUUUUUCUCGCGUCAAACUAAGACUCUUGUUUCCUCCUCCUCAGGAUUUGAUUUCUUUCAUCUAGUAAGCUAACACGCUCCCCUGUUUGUGUGAACCAUGUUCAAAGCCUUGUGGAAUUCUGGAAACAACCAGCCUCCGUUAUCCUUUCGACGCUGCGAUCAGAAACAAGGUGCGAUUGCGAGGUGGCAGUCACUCUUUCAGCGUAAGAAGUCCUGAGUGAGUCCGAAUCAAGCUGGCUCUAAGAUCUGUCACAAAGGAAAAUAUUACUUAGUGUAAUCAUUUCUGGACGGCGGACAAAGCAAAAAAAAAAAUUCUUGUUCUCUGACUGCAGCGUCCCGGGGAUAACGUGAGGCCGCGUGGAGAAACUUGAUGUUGUGUCGGCGUGCUCUGGAAGCCAGUGUUACUGUGGGUUCGUUACCGGGUACCGGUAUCUGGGGCCACAUGACAAGCUGAGAAACUGCCGCAGAGACUGUAAAUUCAGCAGCGGCCUGCUAUUUGUUGUUAUUUUCUUGUCAGCUGUCAUCUGAGGGCGAGGAUCAAUUUUGUGGCAUGUUCCCAGUCCCCAGAAGACGCCUGCUUGUCUAGAAAAUCAGUGAGGCCAAUAGAAGUUAGCCCCCGCCUCCCCGCAGCCCUCGUAGCUACUGCUGCUGAUUCUGUCCCUGAUCCAGCGCUGUGCUCAGGGGGAAGAACGCUUCCAAUCAACUGUUCUCCAGGAAGACUGCCAGGAUUCCAAGUUUAAAAAGUGGGUCUGUGUGCCUGCAGUUCUGCAGACGGCACCUGUGCCCCCAGCCUGAUUGGGAUCGCUGUGUUUGUGUGAAAGUGGUUACCCCCUUCUCCCUCCCCUCUCUCUGAAUUUCUGUCUGAUAAAGGGUGAGAUGACCACCUUCGCUGGAUGCCACUGAAAGGCUCGCUGAUCGUGUGACCACCCCUAGGCCUCACCUUCCUGGCUGAGGCAUACCUUUCUCAUCAAGAUUUUUACCUUUUGUUCCCUCUGGGGUUACCUUUCGCAAGCAUCCAGGUUACGUACUAACUCAGCUCUUCUCUGUACCGGGUCUUCGAUGACUGUACACCUAAUAGUCUUAAGUACAUUUCAGAACGUGCCUAGUUUUUUGCUACUUAACAAACUCAGAUGGGAUAUAUUUCGCCAGAGUCAGGGUGAAGACGUUGACGUUUCGUUUGCUCGCAGGUCCGAACGAGGUCCCUCUGUGCAGAAAUCUUUUUAUUCGGCAGGGGUUUCCGGUGGUUUGUGUCCUUCCCCACCUUUACCUUCAUUCCCAACGUUGCAGAAAUCUGCCCUUUCAGAAUAGCCGUUUUAUGUAUACCGUGUUUACCAAAUGCAACAGAAUGGCUUCUUUUAAGACUGUCGUGAGUUAAAGCAAGCUUGUGAAAGAACGUAAGCAGUGUGGGCUGGGACGCAAAGAUGCCCUACUGGUUUUAAUGGAGUUUUGCUGUCAAGCGUCUUUUAGAAGGAUUGCCCGAAGCCGAGAGCUGGCAUUACGAGAUUGUGCUGUCAGGUGGCAUUUGGGCCAGCGCCCCGCUAUCCAAUCACGUUCUGUUGUGCACAAUUACGGCAGAGUUAAAACCGCUCCCGUUCCACAUUGCGCGCACAGUCCCUCUCCACACCCCUUUCUGGGGAAGGGUGGCUGGAGCAAACACAGAUCCUUUUAACAGACACUCAAGAGUCUAAAAAAAAAAUUCCUUGGAGCAGAGCUCUCUAAC